AUGUCCAUUAUGGAAGCUUAUUAUCAUGGAGACAAAGCUGCUUCUGUGCCUUUUGAAUGGGAAUCUGAACCAGGUACUCCUAAGUUCAAAUCUAGAGAUCCUUCUCUUCCUCCUCUCACUCCUCCUCCUUCUUACUACUACAACAACAAAACUUCUAAUAAGUCCAAGAAAAGCAACAAGCCCAAUAAGAAAAGCUCUUCUUCUAACCCUAAUAAUAUUCUGCGAACUUUUCUCGUUAGGCGAGCCACCGGGAAACAGCCUCCUCUUCCUUCACAUCCUUCAUCAUCAUCAUCUACUUCUUCUUCUUCGUUCUCAUUGUCAUCGCCGGCUUAUUUUUCAGCACCAUCUUCUCCGGCGAUAUACCCAAAGAAGAGUGAGGAAGAAGAAGACCUGUAUGAUGUGGAUCUUCACAAUACUCCUAAAUGGCAAGGAGGGUGUUCUUUCUUGAUUAAGAAGGUGCUACACAUGGAUUUUCUGUGA